UGGGGUGGCGUGGUGGGCGGCUGUGGCCAUGUCGUCGGCGUUUACCUGCUAAUGCAUCGGCCGGCAUAUCUGUACAUUAUUACUAUCUGUGGGGCAUCGAUUACGAACAAUUAAGGCAUAUUUUGCUGCAAGGCUCUGGUUGCAAGCUUCUAGCUGGUUGUCAUGUUAGUGUUGUAUCAUGCCAGCGAGAAUGCAACGAGUUGCGGACGCCCGCAAAUGCACGCGUGUUGCAGAUAUCCCACCGUAUGUCCAGCAAGUGACCGUGACCCCCCCCCCCCCCCCCCCCCAGCGAUCCCGUAACCAUGACAGCGGAGGAGACCAUCAGCAUCAAGGAGGCGGAGGUGGUGAAGCUGAUGCUGGACUUCCUGAGCAGCAGGAAGCUGCACAUUGGCAUGCUGGCGCUCGAGAAGGAGAGUGGCGUUAUCAACGGACUCUACUCCGACGACAUGCUCUUCCUGAGACAACUCAUUCUAGACGGCCAAUGGGAUGAGGUGAUGCAGUUCAUUCAACCGUUGGAAGGCAUGGAGAAGUUUGACAAGAAAAGGUUUCGGUACAUCAUCCUGAAGCAGAAGUUCCUGGAGGCUCUGUGUGUGAACAACGCCAUGUCAGCAGCGGAGGACCCUCACAACCUGGAGCUGAGCAUGCAGCAGGCGGUGCGCUGCCUGCACUCCCUGGAGGACCACUGCCCCAGCCGGGAGGACUACAGCAAGCUGUGUCUGCUGCUCACGCUGCCGCGCCUCACCCACCACGCCGAGUUCAAGGACUGGAACGCCAGCACGGCGCGCGUCCACUGCUUCGAGGAGUGCUGCCCCAUGGUGGCCGAGUUCAUCCCCGCCGACCGCAAGCUGAGCGAGGCGGGCUUCCGGGCCAGCGGGAACCGCCUCUUCCAGCUGCUCAUCAAGGGCAUCCUGUACGAGUGCUGCGUGGAGUUCUGCCAGAGCAAGGCGACGGGCGAGGAGAUCUCGGAGGGCGAGGUGCUCCUGGGCGUGGACGUGCUGUGCGGCAACGGCUGUGACGAGCUGGACCUGUCGCUGCUCUCCUGGCUGCAGAACCUCCCGCCGGGCGCCUUCGCCCGCGCCUUCCAGCAGAAGACGCUGAACAUCGCCGUGGAGCGGCUGGCCAAGCCGCGGCGGGCGGGGCACGCCGACCUGCUGGCGCCGCUCCUCCAGCGGCUCUCGCCCUGGGGCCCCGCCUCCCCGCCCAGCCUGCACCCCGGCCGGCCGCGGCCGCAGUCGGCCGACGGCUACAUGUCGCGCUCGCUGAACCCGGCGCUCGACGGGCUGAGCCACGGGCUGGCGGCCGUGCAGGGGGGAGGGGGGCGCAGGAGGAGGGGGGGGGGGGGAGGCGGCCCGGGGGGAGGGGGCGGGGCCGAGGAGGAGGAGAUGAGCCGCAGCAUGGUGGAGAGGCACGUGCACCAGCUGGACGACUCGCCCGAGAGGAGGCACCCACAGGGCCUAGAGGGUUCAAACCCUGUGCGCAGCCCUCAAGCCCCUGCGAAAGACAGUGGGACACCCUGUAGCGUCGAGAGGGAAGAGCGCGGCGAGUGUGCGGACCUCGCCCAGGAGGAGUACAACAGGCAGCGUCUGCGCGUGCAGCAGCACCUGGAGCAGAAGCAGCAGCAGAAGCAGCUGUACCAGCAGAUGCUGCUGGAGGGCGGGGUCAAGCCCCACGAGACCCCCCCGGGGGACCAGGCCAACCUCACCGAGACCUUCCUGAGCAGGUCCAUCCAGAAGCUGGAGGAGAUGAACGCGGUCAUCGACCCCGCCGGUGACGAGGCCGGUGUCGGGCGCCUGACCCCCGCCCACUGGAACGGGGGAGCGGACCACCCGGAGGCGGGGGGCCCCAGCCAGGAGAGGCCCGCCAGCAGCUCGCCCCUGAGCACCAGCUCUCACGGGGGGAGGCCCUCCUUUGUCGAGUCGCCCAUCCUCGAAGCUGCAGAGAGGACAAAGUCCACCUCUUCGGCCGCUCAGGAGGAUUCAGUCACGCGAAACGCAUCACAAGAACCACCGGGGGGGCCCAGGGCCAAGCCGCAGUACGUGAAGGUGAACCAGCUGGAGGACACGCAGGCGGUGCGCGCCGUGGCCUUCCACCCCUCGGGGGCGCUCUACGCCGUCGGCUCCAACUCUAAAACACUGCGGGUGUGUGCCUACCCAGAAUCCCUCACUGCAAGCGACCCGAGCCGGGCGAUCAAGCAGCCCGUGGUUCGCUUCCGGAGGAACAAGCACCACAAGGGUUCCAUCUACUGCGUGGCCUGGAGCCAGUGCGGCCAGCUGCUGGCCACCGGCUCCAACGACAAGUUUGUCAAAGUCCUGCCGUUCAACGCAGACACCUGCAACGCCACAGGGCCGGACCUGGAGUUCAGCAUGCACGACGGGACCAUCCGGGACCUGGCCUUCAUGGAGGGCGGGGGCUCGCGCAGCGCGUCGCUGAUCAGCGCCGGGGCGGGGGACUGCAACAUCUACAUCACGGACUGUCAGAGAGGCCAGGGUCUGCACGCGCUCAGUGGACACACCGGUCACAUCCUGUCCCUGUACACGUGGGGCGGCUGGAUGAUCGCGUCGGGCUCCCAGGACAAGACGGUGCGCUUCUGGGACCUGCGGGUGCCCAGCUGCGUGCGGGUGGUGGGCACCUCGCUGCACGGCUCUGGAAGUGCGGUGGCGUCGGUUGCCGUGGACCCCAGCGGGCGUCUCCUAGCGACCGGCCAGGAGGACAGCAGCUGCAUGCUGUACGACGUGCGCGGGGGCCGCAUGGUGCAGACCUACCGGCCGCACAGCUCCGACGUGCGCUCGGUGCGCUUCUCGCUGGGGGCUCACUACCUCCUCACCGGCUCCUACGACCACAAGGUGGUGGUCACCGACCUGCAAGGGGACCUGACCAAGCCGCUGCCCCAGACCGUUGCCGGGGAGCACGACGGCAAGGUGAUCCAGUCCCGGUGGCACACGAGGGACCUGGCCUUCGUCUCGUCCUCCGCAGACCGGACGGUCGCCCUCUGGGCGCGCAACGCCGGCACCUAGCACCCAGCCCCUAGCCCCUAGAGAUAGGUAGGGCUUCUACGGGCACAACAUCACAGACUGUGUGCGUGUGUGUGUGUGUGCGCGUGUGUGUCACGAUAGUCGUGUGGUGUGUCACGGAUUGUGUCUGUGUUAGCUAACAACAACCUCAUCAUUGGAUAUUUUUAUUUAAGAAAAUAAUUAUUGUACAUGGUACUAAAGACAAAAAAAAGGUGUGAAAGGCGUUGACUUUGCGUGUUUAUGUGUGUCUACUUGUAUGUGUGCUUUUGCAGUCAUGUGCCUAAUAGCUUUCUCUUCAGUAUGGACUGCUGUACAUACACACUGAAUGUCACUGCUUGUAUUAAUGUGUGUAUGCACGUGUGAGGGUGUAUGCACGUUUGUGUGUUACAUUAUGCAAACUGAACCUUAUUUUUCCAAUGAGGUACUUUUUCCCCAAUUGAUGUUCCUGCUCAUGCUGCUGCCUAAUUUGAAUCUCUCAACCUUUGUGCCAUUUUACUGCAUUCCUUUUCCUGUAUGAAAAUAACAGAGACCUGAUCCCUAGUCUAAUAAGGGUUUGAUGUGGACGAAAUAAUAACUGCAUGUAGAAUCCCCACAUUCACGGGGUUGUACUUUAGAUAUUUGUAAUACCUUACUGUGUAUUGCCAAGUAAGUUAGAAUCAGACACACAUUGCUUUCUAAUUGGAAUAUUCAAUAUUUUGUCAAUGCCGAUGGAUUGCGUGUGUUUUUAAAACUUUGUAGAAUGUCAAGUAAUGUUAUAAAUACUGAGAAAUACUUAUGUCUUUAAAGGUGGAGAGAAGACGUUUUAUUUGAAAAGCUUUAUUCCCGUUCCUUGUUUGCCUUAUAAUGUAAUAAAUGAAUGCAAAUACAGCGUAUUUAUUAUCCUUUGGAUGCAUAGAAACAUAACAUUGAAUACUAUAACUGUUCUUGUGGCGGAAAUAGCGUGUUUGUGGUUGCUUCAUGUGGCCUGAAUCAAAAGGGACAAACCUCAUGAAGUUCAUGAAUAAUACAAGGGGUUGCAAAAUAAAAUCUACGUUAUAUUGAUUGUGAUGGUCGUUUUUU